GGUAAAUUUCCGAAUGAAAAUGGCGAUCGCCGGUAACCCGAACGACAACCCGGCCCGACCUCCUCCGCGUCCCUUGAACUUUCCUGGUUUCGCUCACCUUUAUAUACGCUCAACAAAACGAAACCACCGCAAUAAACUCAGAGUUCUACAAAGCUUUCCACUGAGAAAUGUCGAAAUAUCGAAUCGCUACGGGCUCGAUCGAAGAUUUCAAGUUCAACAAUUUCCUCCCGCAUCCAUUCCAUGCCCAAAGUAGCCUCAGCAAUUUCCCGAUCUCCACUUCUCUGGUUCAUGAAGCUGAAUCCGACAAAAGCUCCGAGCUUUUCUCCGAUCUGGUCCUCGAUUACAUCAAGGAGAUGCUCAUGGAGGAGGACAUGGAUGAUGAGUAUGAAAUGCUUCAAUUCCACCCAAACCUCGAAGCCACGGAGAAACCCUUCUACGAGCUCAUCGGAGAGAAGUACCCUCCUUCUCCUGAUCAACCCCCUCUUUACUUCAGCUCCAGCCCUGAAAGCUCCGAUUUAAGCCAAAACCAGUUCAUUUCUCCUUCCCAAUCUUCCUCCAGCUCUGUCAAUGACGAUGAGCUUUUCUACAAGACUCUCCCUGCAUCCCAAUUCGAGAAAGGGGUUGAAGAAGCGAAGAAAUUUCUUCCAAGUGCGGAUAAAUUGGUCAUCAAUUUCGGAGAAAUAGAUCAUAAGUUCCAUCGCGAAGCCACUAACAGCUCUCGCCGGCCAAAGCAUCACCAUAGAGAUGAAUCAGCCUUUGGAGAUUUGAGAAGAAAAAAGUACUCUGCUAUUUCUUUCGAAGAGCCCGCGGUUCCACCGCAGGAUUUGGACGACAUCCUCCUCUGUGGAUCUGAUUUCCCCCAAGUUGUAAGCGCCAUUAGAGAGAAGAUAUUCAAUGAGGCAACCAACAAGUCUACAAAACACAGAAGGCAGAACGAAGAGGUUGUCGACCUUAACACACUUCUCCUUCACUGCGCACAAACCAUCACCGCCGGAAACAACCAGAGAGCUAACGAUCUCCUGAGACAAAUCCGACAUCAUUCCUCACCUCACGGCGAUGCAUUUCAAAGACUGGCGCAUUACAUCGCCGACGGACUCGAAGCCCGCCUUGCCGGAACUGGAAGUGAAGUCUACCGCUCUCUGGUAAACAAGAGAAAAACGGUAAGCGAUGUGUUGAAAGCCUAUCAGCUAUAUCUCGCCACUUGCCCCUUUAGAAAAUUGUCCUACAGCUAUGCAAACAUGACCAUUUUGGACACAAUUCAGACUGCAAAAAGAGUUCACAUCAUUGAUUUCGGCAUCUUCUUCGGAUUUCAAUGGCCCGUCUUCAUAAAAAUGUUAUCUUUGCGUCCGGGCGGCCCUCCAAAGCUUCGUAUCACCGGCAUUGACAAUCCACUACCGGGUUUCCGGCCGGCUGAGAGGAUUGAGGAGACCGGUCGCCGGUUAGCCCAUUACGCCGCGCGAUUCGGAGUUCCGUUUGAGUACCACGCCAUUGCAGCCAAGUUUAAUGAAGUGAAGCUUGAGGAGAUCCAUUUCCGUGAAGGUGAAAUGCUCGUGGUAAACAGUUUGUUCAGAUUGCAUGGCCUGGCUGAUGAAACAGUAGUUGUUGAUUGUCCGAGGGAUAGGGUCCUGAAAGCCAUUAGAGAACUGAACCCAGCUGUGUUCAUCAACGUUGUUGUGAAUGGAAGCUACGGCGCUCCCUUCUUCAUGACAAGGUUUCGAGAGGUGCUGUACCACUUCUCGGCGGUGUUCGACAUGCUCGACGCAACGGUGCCGAGGGAGAAUGAGCAGAGGUAUUUGUUGGAGAGGGAUAUGUAUGGGAGGUUCUUGAUCAAUGCGAUUUCAUGCGAGGGGUUGGAGAGGGAGAGACCUGAGACGUACAAGCAAUGGCAGAUGAGGUGUUUGAGGGCUGGUUUUGAGCAGAUUCCAUUGUGCAGAGAAUUUGUGAAGAUGGUGAAGAGUAAGGUGAGAGCUUACUAUCAUAAGGAUUUCGGCAUUGAUGAAGAUGGUGAGUGGGUGCUUCAAGAGUGGAAAGGGCGCAUCUUGUAUUGUCUUUCUGCUUGGAGGCCUAGUUUUUGUUGAAGUUCUUGUCUUAGUUAUGUUCUGGUGGAGAAAUUAUUUAGUGCGUAAUUUGAUUUUUGAUGUUUUA